CCCUCCCUCCCUCCGAUCGCUCCUGGAUCCGAGAUUAGAUAAAAAGACGGGGGGUUAUUGCGAUUUGUCAAAGGGGAAUUAAUUACGGGAAAAUGGGAGGGGGAAUAGGCAAAUGUAGCAAGAUCCAGCACAUCGUGCGACUCCGGCAGAUGCUGCGGCGGUGGCGGCUGCGCGCUUCGGCGUCGUCGCGGGCGGCGGACGUGCCGGCCGGACACGUGGCGGUGUGCGUGGGGAGCACUUCGCGGCGGUUCGUGGUCCGCGCGUCGCACCUCAACCACCCCGUCUUCCGGCGGCUGCUCCGGCAGGCGGAGGAGGAGUACGGGUUCUCCACCGGCCGCUCCGGCCCUCUCUCGCUCCCCUGCGACGAAGCCCUCUUCGAGCACGCCCUCCGCCUCAUCUCCUCUUCCUCCUCCUCCUCCUCCGCCGCAGCCGCGUCUUCCAGAUUCGCCAACUGCAACAACCUCGACGAAUACUCGGCGCUCCUCUACUCCGCCACCGCCGCCGCCGCCUCAGCCACUCCUUCCUCCUGCUGCUGCGACGUCGGCCGCUGGAUGCUGUCGGCCGACGCGCUUCCGCUCCUCCACGCCCACCGCCUCGCAGAGAAGCGCCUCUUCUGGUGAAGCUACUGCUCCACCUGGUUUCCAUUUAGUAGUAUAUAUAUAUAAUUAAUUCUUCCGACUCACUCACUGAGUCGGAUCGCCGGAUCGUUGUGCUUGCAAAUUUUUCUUUUUUUUUUUCACUCCUUUUUUCGCUGCCGUAAAAUUAUGAUUAAGCUGAUCGAAGGAGGAGGAAGUAGCGAUAGAUCGAUUAAAAUAAUUCCAGGAAUCGAAAGAGAGAUGGCGAAGCGGCGGCGGCGACUCGGCCGAGUCAUCCCUUUGUCGAUCGAAGCUGAGUCCGAUUCCGAGAAGGCCGAGUUGGAAUUUUUUACAGAACUCAGAAGGAUCGCAGCAGCGUGAGAAAGGAUCCUUCUCCUGAUCUGUAUUUUCUUCAUUCAUUCUCUCUCUCUCUCUCUCUCUCUCUCUCUUCACUUCUUUCAUUUCUUGUAAAUAUAAUUAAUUAAUUAAUUAAUGUGAUCAUCGGCUUUUAUUCA